AUGGUCAUAAAAAGCACAGACGUAGAAGCUGUCGCUCAAGAUCCCCAGCUCGUGAGCAUCAAUCUCGAUUGCCUUCUCGAAAGCACUACCACCGCCAUCGUUCCAAUCCCCAUAACAAUGAAGACUGCAACAACCCAGGUCGUCACCAACACGAAAGAUAUGGCCAAACUACUAGUCAUCACCAUCACCAUAGACACCACAAUGCACCACAUUGCCAUCAGUCCGGAGACAAGACUCAUGAAGAUAAUUAUAGUCCAACUCAUCAUCAUGAAGACCAUCAUGGUUCAAGUCAUCACUAUCGCAGCCAUUCAAGCUCACGGCCUACCACUCCUCAUCUGCAUAGACGUCACAGUUCAACCAGUGACAUUGGAGAUCCUCACAGUCCAACACGUCCACAUCACCAUAGUGAGCACAAGGAUAGGCCUCAUCCCUAUGAAAACCACCGGCACCACCAUGUGGACUCCCAUAAAGAAGCUAAUCGGCAUCACCAUGGAGACCACCACAAUCCAGGCCACCAUCACCAUGGAAGACCACCAAACCCAAGGUCACCAUGACGACCACCACAGUCCAGGUCACCAUCACCAUGAUGACCACCACAGUCCAGGUCACCAUCACCAUGGCGACCACCACAGUGCAGGUCACUAUCAUCAUGGGAACCUCCACAGUCCAGGCCAUCAUCAUCAUGGAGGUCACCACUGUCCAGGCUGUCAUCAAGAUGCAGAACCCCACCACCAUGGAGAUGAUCACAAUGCAGGCCACCAUCAUCAUGAAGACCACCACAGUCCAUGCCACCAUCAUGACACAGAGCACCACAGUCCAGGCAACCAACAUCACGGUGACCACCACAGUCCAGGCCAUCAUCCUCAUGUUGACCAUCGUAAUCUGGGUCACCACCAUCAUGGCGACCACCACAGUCCAGCCCCACAUCACCAUGACGUUGACCACCACAGUACAAGUCACCAUCAUCAUGGUGACCUCCACAGUCCAGGUCAUCAUGAUGUUGACCACCACAAUCUGGGUCACCAUCAUCAUGGUGGCCAACACAUUCCAAGCCAUCAUCAUCACCAAGACCACCACAGUCCAAGCCAUCAUCAUCAUCGUCAUAAUCAUCAAGACCACGACAGUCCAGGCCAUCAUCAUGACACAGGCCUCCACAAUUCAGACCACCAUCAUCAUGGAGCUCUCCAUAGUCCAGACCAUCAUCUUCACCCUAAACACCCUCACAGUCCUGACCACAGCCACACUCCGGGUCAUCAUUCUCAUCAUAAAAUCCAUCACAGUCCAGACCACCAUCAUGGGGACUACACAGGUUCAGGCGAACAUCAUGCAGACCACCAUGGUCCAGUCCACCAUGAACAUGGAGACCAUCACAGUCCAAGCCAUCACCACAGGGUUCAUCACAGUCAAGGCCAGAAUCAUGGGGACCAGCAUAAUCUAGACCAUCGUAAUCAUGGAGACCAGAACACUCCAGGUCAUAAUCAUGGACAUGACCACAGUCCAGGCCAUCAUCAUAAAGAACACCACAAUCCAGACCAUCCAGAUUUUGGGGAUCAGGACACCCCACGCUAUCUUCAGGGAGAUGACCACAAUCAAAGCCAUCAUCAUGGAGACCACCACAGCCCAAGCCAUGCUCAUGAAGUGCAACACAGUCUAGUUGACCAUCAUGAAGAUCCCCACCAUUCACACCAUCAUUAUGAAAGUCACAGCAGUCCAGGUCAUGAGCAGACAGUCCACCAUAGUCCAGGCAGUGUUCAUGAAGCUCAUUGUAGUCCAGCUAGCCAUCAUGAAGAUGACUGUCACAGUCCAAGUCCUCACCAUGAAAGCUACCAUACCCCAGGUCAUCAACAUAGAGACCAUCACAAUCCAGAUGUUCAGCAUCAUCAAGUUGAAUACCACCAAGCAAAUCUUCAUCAUGACCAUCACCCUGAAUCUCCGGCAGAUCUGAGCCUGAACAGUGAUCUUGAACACAACACUCUUGAUGAUCAUCAUACUUUAAAGGAGUAUUCUGCUAUUAGUUCACCUUCACACAGAAAGCCAGAAUGUCUUGUCAGCACUGAUUCCCCCAGCAACACAAAUAAUCCCUCUGGUUUGGAUGAAGAACGGACAAGUUUCUCCGGGCCAUUCCAUGUUAAAGAAAAAUCGCAUGACUUUGGCAGGAUCAUGAUACUGCAAAACCAAAAUGAAGGUCUGCAGCAAAGUUUACUGAAGACAGCAGUGAGGAUGGAGUGCUUGGGAGAAGAGUUCAUCAGUAGCCAGAAGAUCCUGGAAACUGAACUUCAGAGGACUCGCAUGGAGCUCAGCAACCUCAUGGGCAGGUUUAACAGGCUCCGUGAUGAUUGUUCCUCCACACAACAGACCAAUAGUCGUCUAGAGUUGAAGCUUCACUCAGUGCUUCAGAAUAUGGAAGGAGAGCGAGAAAGGUUGAAUCUGCGCAUCUCUGAAUUGACCGAGCAACUGAGUGACGCUCAGUAUGCCAGCGCCAUGGAAGAAAUAAACGCAACAGCCGGGCCGCAUGAAGUCAACCCACACUCUCAUUCUGGUGACGCACUCCCACAGAUGGUUCCUCCAAUCGCCCCCCCACCGGCUCAGUUCAUGGACAGCCACAACUAUGGGAAAGAAGCCACCUCUGCACCGGAGCAGGCUUUGGGGUCGGUUCCAGAGGAGGAGGAAUCCGACUGGUCAGAGGUGGGAGAGGAGACCCCACGCCUCAUACUGACGGGAUCAAACAGAGGCCAGGCAUGGAGGCCGGAAGAAGCGGACAUGGACAAAGACAGCGAGUCGGGAAACGAGGACCAAGUGAGAAGACACUCUCCGCGCCCUCUGCAGAUACCCCAUCUUCAGUUCACCAUUCACAACGAGUUCGUCCCAUCGUCCCACGCCAACACUUUACCUUCCGGCUUCAAGAAUCUGUCUGACGGCAUGCGUAAGGAGGAGAGCUACAGGAUCACCACAAGUCCAAAUGUCAAGUCCACCAUCCUCAUCCGGUCUGCGAGCCUAGAAGAAAUACCUCUGACACGCCACGACGAAGAGCUAAGAGGAACAGAGGCCGCGCGAUGCCUUCACCAUUCAGCUGACGAAGCCUUCGAGGAUCUCGACAAUCAGAUCAUUCAUCACUGGCGAAUGAGCAGUGAUAGGGACACGGUCAUCAGGAGGCUGAUAAAGAGCAGAGCGCCAGAGGAAGACGGCAUCCUAGCCAGCCUGCAGUCGGCAGAACAGCUGCUCAAUCACUUCAUAUACGACCCGAUGUCGGGUGAAGGAAGAGAGCCGGCCAGGUUUGAGAUGCACGGUUGGACCGGGGGGAUUCCGGAGGAGGUUCUGAAAGGGGAGCGAACUCAGCUCUGACUGUGCACUAUAAAAAACCGAAACAAAACAAAACUAAAAAGUUGCUGAAGAUUGAGUUUUCAAAUGCUUGCUAAUGUAUUUAUGUUUUAUAAUAAACUGUAAAUUAGUAGGUACCUUGCCAGUUAACUUUUAAUUGUAUCUAAUUUUCUUUUCAUUGUGUUUCAUGACAAGCCUUCCACUCCCUUCGUCACUAACAUGUUGCUGAACUUAUCACAAUCCCAGCUACAAAGCAGAUUCUUUUUCUUUCAUAAACAUACCUAUAAUAUUUAUUACGGUGUAGCAUCAAAGCUUUUCACCCAGUCCUCUUUUAAAUAAUGUAUGAUUGAGGGGUUUGAAAUAACAGUAACAGGAGUGAGAUAAAACGGUGUAAACACUGAACCACCGCGGUGAAGCUUGGAUUCAGCCACUGGCUAAUUUGUUGCAGAAUAUUUUGUCAGGAAAAUGAAAAAUGUUUAACAAUAGCUUUCUAAAUUUUUGUGUUCUCUGCUGUAUGAAAUUGUAGACGCAAUAUUGUUUGCAUGUACAUAUACUGUAUGUAUGUUUGUAUGUAUUUAUAGUAUUUUGUCUUUAUGUGACCUCUUUGUACCUUCUUGAACUGUAAACUGUGACAAUACUCGAUUAGCUGGUCAAAACACCCGAUCACAACACAUGUAGGUCUGUCUAUAUUCCACCUAAUAAAGCAAAUAAGUUAGACUCA